AUGUUCCCCACGCGUGCACUGCUGGCGCGAUCGGUCUGGAAAGGUCCGAAUAUCGUUCCACUCGCUCUCCCGCGCGAAAUCCCUCCUCCACCCAACACGCCGGCCAUCAAGACACAAGCCCGCGCCGCUACCAUCCUGCCUAACUUCGUGGGCCUGCGCUUUGCGGUUCAUAAUGGAAAGAACUAUAUCGAUGUGAUCAUCACUGAGGAGAUGGUUGGACGGAAGCUGGGCGAGUUCGUUCCGACCCGCAAGCGCUUCACGUACAAGCAGUCCAAGAACAAAUAA